GAUGCUGUUGCCUUAGCGGCUCUGGUCGUCGGGACGAUACUGGCAGUGCGCGGUCGCGCAGUCAUCAAGUUCCUUUUUGUCUUUUGCUUUUCGCUAUCCAUCACGCUUUGGACCUGCCUUGCCGCGAAGAAGGAUGGCCACACUGGCCUCGGAAUGGUGGUGGCAUCUCUGGUUCUACCCUGUGCUGUGAUGGCAGCUGACCGGUUGUACCUGCUCUUCUGCUUCCUCGUGGGCGGGGCGGUCGGAGGUACACUCGGUUAUGCCUUUAGAGGCUUGAUUUCACUGCCAGCUCUGGCUGUCGGUCUUCUGGUCGUGGCCUCCUUGGUUUCAGGCCUUGUGUUUCUCCGCUGGCGAAACCUUGGCUGGCGUCUUCUCUUGCCCCCGCUUGGUGCGCUGCUUCUGGGAGCCAGCCUUCGCUACUGCUUCGCUCGCGUGCUUCUUGACGGCGAGGCGCACUGGUUGGACUUUGCUUACGCCCCUUGGUCUGACUUGCAAGCUCUUGCGUCGGACGCUCUGGACGUGUGCUUUAUCUGCGCCUCGGGGGUCUUCACUUUGCUGGGAUGGUACCUGCAAUUUGCCAGUCUGCUGGGACUGGACGACCCUUUGGCCCUUCCGGAGCACAUUGAAAAUUUGCUUGAGAAGACGCAGGAGUGGCUUCCUGUGGUGUUCGACGGCUCCAUGGAAUCUGCUAAGCCGCAUGCGCCUGCGGAAGUGACUGAGCCCUUCCUGGGACGGAAGGCUGAACGUGACACCAAGCCUGAGGUGAUUCUGUUCAUUGCCAUACUGACCGUGCUGCUGCUGUGCGGCCUGCUGUGUAGCCGACCGCUGCUCUUCCUGGGCCAUGUGGUUUUGAUGUCAUGUGCCUUCACACCGCUGAUGACUGCGGGUCUUCUAAGCUACUCAUCACGAUCUUCACGACAGGCGCUUCACGAGCACAGCGGCGCAGUAUCUCUUGGGCUAGCAUUGCUCUGCGCUCUGGGUGGGUAUGCGUGCAUGUAUGUGGAGAACAAGCUCAACGAGACAUCGCACCUCGGGCUCUCAGACGACGGCGAUGUUGCUGAGAGGACUAUCAGGGUGCUGCACGUUUGGCUGGGCUAUGCCAUCCUGGGCAUCUUGUGCAUCUUGGCGCUGAUUGCCCCUGGCAUGCUCAGGGCUGGCGAGCGAAGUCGUUCAAGGAGCAUUGCAACAUGUCAGCGCGUCCUGGGCAAGAUGAUGUAUGGCCUCGGAAUGACAACCCAGAUCCUCGGCUACUUCAUCGAAGGCUUGCUUCCCUCAUGGGCUUCCUGGUUGCUGACAUCCUCUUUGCUGGCCGUGGCCCUUGCAACGCUGGCGGCUUCAGAAGGGCCAUAUUCAGUCCGGGUGAGCGAGGAGGUCAGCGGGAGUCGGGAUGGCUAUUCUCCUCCCGCACCGGCCCCGGCUGCAGUUCUUGGUCCUACCCGCGCCGCUCCUGCACGCGCGCCGGAAAAGCAGGCACCGCCUGUCAUUCCCUGCGUCAGCAUUGCGAGCACCAAGAUA